CGGUCACGUGACCAUAACAGUCGCCAGGCAGCUCUUUUCCCGCGCAGCAGCCUGGUCGUCCGGGAGACGGAGUCGAGUAAAGUGGAUUCUGUCUUUGAUCUUUUCUUUGAUCUCCACGAUGUUCUGUGAGAAAUCCACGGAUCUGAUCCGGGAGCUGCAGCGGGUCCACGACGGCCAGCUUCCGGCCUUCAACGAGGACGGGCUGCGGCAGGUUCUCCAGGAGAUGGAGUGUCUGUACGAACAGAACCAGAGCGACGUGAACGAAGCAAAAUCUGAAGGUCGAGCUGAACUGAUUCCAUCGAUUAAACUCCGUCACUGCUGCCUCCUGAGGAACCAGCGCUGCGUCACCGCCUACCUGUACGACCGGCUGCUGCGGAUCCGGGCGCUGCGCUGGGAGUACGGCAGCGUGCUGCCCGCUAACGUUCGAUUCCACAUGUGUGCAGAGGAGCUGCAGUGGUUCAGUCAGUACAAGAAGUCUCUGGCGUCGUUCAUGCGUUCUCUGGGCGGAGGAGAAGGUCUGGACAUCACGCAGGACAUGAAGCCUCCGAAGAGUCUGUACAUCGAGGUCAGGUGUUUGAAGGACCACGGAGAGUUUGAGAUCGAUGACGGGACGGUGAUUCUGCUGAAGAAGAACAGUCAGCACUUCCUGCCGCGCUGGAAAUGUGAGCAGCUGAUUCGUCAGGGCGUCCUGGAGCACGUCGUGUCCUAAAGGAGGCGGAGCCAAGUAGCCGAGAGGUGGAACAUCUGCUCGUCAUCGCCAGAGUUCAGCGUCAGAUGAUGAUGUCAUGUUUGUCUUCAGAAAAAUAAAAUCAGUUUCUAAACGUCU